AUGGACGAGGAAGUCUUGCGAUGUAGCACUUUAUGGGCUGACACUGCCGCCGGCCACCAAGCAAGGACGCCAGGCCACCGGCGACCAAGCCUCGUCAAGCAGCUCAUCGCCGGCUUCCUAAAGACAGCGUGUGCAGUGCUCUUCAGUCGCACGGCGGCGACAUCGGCCACGGCGGCUUGUUCAUGCGGCGGCCCAUGGCGCAGCGUCGUGGAUCCACUAUGGUGUGGUGAGCCUUCAUCACGCCGGCAGCCAAGGCAGAAGCAGCGACCAGGCCAGACCUCGGUCUCACCACGGCGGCCUGCACAGGAGGAUGUCGGCAGCGCGCGGACGCAUGUGCAAGAGGGGAAGUGGGGAACUCCUGGCAGCGGCGGCACCAAAUCACUGAUGCUGGAUCAGUGCCAAACCAAAUAUUCACUUCAAUCUAUCAUUGCUAUUGGAUCCAAAACCUACUCCAAUUCUGCAUCUCCCCAUGAAGAUGUGCAUCCAGAAAUCGAGGUUCUCCUAAUGCCCAAAGAAAUGACUAUCUUGGAUCAGCACGAGAUACGUGACGUACUAGAAUAUCAUCUGUUAAGUGGAAAUGGCAUCCACUUCAUAACUACGCGAUGGCAUUGCUUCUGGGACAGUUGUGUUGGCAUCAACUUGGUAGAGAUGGUUUCACCUCUCUUCACAAGGCGUUUAUAGCUUCUCAAUGUGCCUGUAAGUUCAUCUCCAAGUGGAUAUAUGCUAAAAAGAUGUAUAACCGGUGUGAGUGCCUAAUCUGGAACUACGAAAUCUUAGCCAGAGCAGCACUGAGCUUUUUUUGCUAUUGUACUGGAAGAAUGCUAUUAGUAAAGUUUUGUUCUUAUCUCGAAACAGUCUUGGGGAUUAGCAACAGUUGCAAUAAGCAUUUGAUCAAAUAUAACAAUUAUAUUGUCUUUUUUAUGCAAUUUAAUUUUGUCGUUUUACUUUGCAUAUAUUUCAGUUCUAAUUUGGUACGUGUACUAGAUAGGUUUAGCUAACUAACUGUUAUAUAUCACUGAUUACUGGAUGGAAUACUUCACUUUUCCAUUAUCCUGUUUCUUGCAUUUACAGUAUGACAUGAUUGUUCAAACAGGCUUAACUAGAGAGCACACUAUUUUCCUUUGAUCAAUAUAUUUAUCCACUUGAUUGUCUAUAGGUGACUGCUAUCCUGGGAGUGUUCUUCAUCUCUAGGCAUUUGCAGUAACAUGGGUGAUAUUUGUUACUUCAAUUCGUCAGUCAAUUCAAACAAGAUUCAAAAAGUUUUGCACUUUUGCAUGUCCGUCAACAACUCAUUCUCACUCUCUGAUUAGUAAAACAGGAUCCAAAAGGUUCCAAUAUAGCUGUAGUCAGUUAUGCUUCAUGUUAGAGCUUGAGUUUUGUUAAUUUUAAACAAAAAUGCACAUUAGAAUAUUCCUCCUUUAUUUAUUGGAUGGAUUAACUUUGUUGCCUGUUGUUGUGUGCUCUGGCGAUUUUUGGGCAUGUGCAUCCGCUGGCUGCUGGGGUGUGCUGGCCUGUUGGGGGCGAUUUUCGGACGCCGCCCUCACCUGGUUUCAAGUCUGGCGCCUCUCCUGAGCAGGACUUCUCUCUUUCAGGCUGCGAAGGUGUACAUGGCCAUGGUGGAGGCAGAUGUAGGAAACCAUGCCCAUAUGCGGGAGCUUGACAAAUGAAGAGGAAAUGAUAUUCUUAAUUUGAAAUGAGAAGAACUGACAUAUCAUUCUACAAACAUAAUAAGAAAGGAAGAUCCUCUUGUAUUGUCACACUAGGUUUAUGAGUGCAGGCAUUUAGAAAUUGUAUAUGGAACCAUCAAUGCACUAGCAUAAGUUGAUGUUGCACUAGCUAGCUGCGGAGAAACUCGCCUCAACUUUUUGCUAGGUUACAAUCCUAGCUUGUACAAUUGCCAGGCUAUAGAUUUUUUUAGGUCUUUUCAAUUUUAUGUUAAUGUGACUUGUGCUUUGAAUUUAAUAAGCUAAUUGUACUAUGUGAGACGUUAAUUUAUUAUGCUUUAUUAUGCA